AUGCAAGUACCCAGUUCGCCAGUUCCACGAGCAAAGAGAAGGGUCACAUCUUUGCAGCUCCCAGAGGAGCCACCGGAUCCGGACGAUGAAGUGCUAGGUGUCGAGCUGGUCGAGUUGGAAGCCGCCGGAGUAGACGAGGAAGAUGCGGCUGAAACAGAGUCGGAUGUCGAAGAGUCUGUUGUCGAAGAUCCUGAGAGCGAUCCUAGUGAUCCUAGUGAUCCCAAGGAGCCCAGAGAAGAACCUGAUGAAGAGCCGCUGGAGCCCAGAGAUCCAAGAGAUCCAAGAGAUCCCAAGGAACCUAAACCGCUCGAACCGCUAGAGCUACCGCCAAAGGAUCCCAGAGAUCCCAACGAGCCUAGAGAGGAUCCUGAUGAAGAGCCACUGCUGGAUCCGAGAGAACCAAGAGAGCCGAGAGAUCCCAAAGAACCCAGGCCGCUGGAACCGCUUGAACCACCACCCAAGGAGCCGAGGCUGAACUGUCGCUUGUUGAUAGUUCGAUCAACAGGUGCAGCUGCAGCUGAGAUGGCGAGAGUCAGGAACACAGCGGAGUUCUUCAUCUUGAUUGGUUGGUUGCUUGUUUGUUGA